AUGCUGCUCGCCUUCUUCGACGGCCCGGAGAAGUGCCGGCUCACCGUGCCCGACGAGGCCGGUCCCGCGGGGAGGUGGUCCGGUGCAGGACCGGGCUGCCGGCUCGGACUCCGGCACGCCCGGUUCGCCGGUCGAGCGGUGAACAGCGCGGCGGUGAAGCGAUGGAGACAUAACGGGCAGGAGCAAGAACAGCUCCGAAAGAAGGUCAACGCCAUGGCGAAGGUGCUUGACCUCUCCAGACCGUUGAUUGCCAUGUUGUCGGCCUUGCCCUUCAAGGCGGCCGAACACGCCAUGAACUGCUUCCAGAUUGAGGAGCGCGCACCUUGCGUGUCGUGGCUGUCGCACUCGGGGAGGAGGCAAGCAUUGGGAGGUGCGGAGCGUGCGCGUGGCGUGAGGACGUUGAACCUGAGCGGCGACGUGAAGCGCACCGUGGGGAUCCUCCACAAGUGGGAGAACGAGAGGGGCUUUGGAUUCAUCCACGAUGAGAACGACACCAGCGAUCCGCCUUUGGACAUCUUCGUGCACCGCACCAACCUCAUGGGUUGCGCGCCAGGCUACCCGGUGGAUCUCCAGGAAGGCCGCCGGAUUUGCUACAUCCCGGGCUUCCAGGACGGCCGCACCCGGGCCAUGAGCGCCGCCAUGAUCGACGAGGACUUCAACGUGGACCCGGUGCAUCUGCGGCGGCCCCGCAAAGCCAAAGCGGCGGAGCAGAGCAAGGACUGGAGGGAGCGCAAGAUCGCCAAACUCAAGGAGGCCAUCGAGAGAGAGGAGCAUCCUUUGUCGAAGAGCUUCAUGCAGUUCUUGGCCACUGCGGAGAUGCAGGAAGUGAUUCAGGAGAAGCGCCAGGAGGGCGAAGCAUGGCUUCGCUGCUUGGGUUUGCUGCGGCAGCCGCCGGGGGGGAAGCGCGACGACAUCUUGUGGCGGAAGGAGAUCGAUCGGCGCGUGGACAUCUUCUUGGACCUGAAGACGUCACCGCUGACGAAGAAGGACAUCGACUACCGCUGCAAGCGCAUCCUCACAGAGUUCUGCAUGCGGAGCAGCGCGGUGCGUGUGAGCGAAGCCUUGGCCAUGGUGGAGAAGAGCACCUCAGGGAAGCGCCGGGAGGAGGUGCGCAGCUGGCCGGCCUAUGUGGCCACGUUGCUGCGCCGCUUCGACCCCGAGAUGACCGCCCAGAUGGAGAAGAAGCCCAAGGCGGAGCCGAAGAAGGAGAAGGAAACCAACGAGUCUCCAGGGAGGGAGGAGGACUCUCCGUGCGCGCAGCCGAUGUGGGCGGUGAGGUGA